AAGUAUUCGUGGGCUCUAAGCCCACCAACCAUUUUUCAGUUUUUCUCACAUUUUCUCGCGAAACAAACGGUGGGAACCAGGAAAAAAGACCUUGCAGAAGCUCCCAUGGAUUCGCAGACCCAGAAUACGUCGUUGCAGAGGCUUCAAAAUGUGGAGAAGAGAAUUGUUAGGGUUUUGGAGCUGGCUGGAGGAGUCAUGGACGAGCUUUCAAAUCCCAGCGGCCCCAGAAAGGAGUUCGUCAACAAUCACUGCGGCGAGUUCAUGCAGUUGAUCAAGGAUAUCCAAGUGUCACUGCGGGAAGAAAUCAAAAGUGCAUGCGAUUACCGUCCCUUUGAAAAGUGUGAUUAUAGUUCGAGAAUAGCCAAUGAGAUUUGUUGCAAGAAACUGGAAUAUGUUAUCUCACGGUUGGAUGGAAUGAAACAGACUAUUGAUGAAUAUCACAGUGAAGUUUGAUGAGAUUUGAUACACGUUAAGAGUCCUUUGGUUGUACUCUUUCGCAGAUAUCAGACCAAGAAAAUCUAUGGAAAGAACUGAUUCUCUCUAUUUGGAAUAUUUUAUCCUGUUUGUAUGGGUAGUCUUGGUGGAUGAUUAUCUUAUUUUUACACACACAGCACUAUAAGUACUUUAAAUUGAUGUCCUUAUCUAGGUUUUGUGGAUGCAACUUCAUUGUGGAAGAUGAGGUUACAAGUUCAUACGGAAGUUGAUAAGAAUGUGGUUUUUUAACUUUUAACUGGGAAGUAUAUUGGGCAAUAAAAUAGAAGCUGCAAGAAACAGUUGUUGCAAAAAGAUCAACAAUAA